CAGCCGUCAGAGUCUUGUCAUCCGAUAAAUCUGUAGCAUGGGGAGAUUCCGUGACCCUGUAAAGUCCCUCAAAACUUUCGGACACGAUUCGAGUACUCAUCCUCGCUUUAUAGAACACAUGCAUCACCUUCAUUAUCAGUGGAGAUCAGAGCGUCCUUUGAGCUUGAUCGAAUGCUGGGCAAUGGUGAAAUCAUCGGAAAACUUCAAACAUCGUGGGAUGAGUUACUCGAUCAUGGAGAUGAGCCAUUCGAAUUGUCCUUCCCACCCGUUGGCGGUGUCAAUCCUUUGCUCACGCUGAAGGCCAUUGUUGUACACGCUUGCGAUAAUCAGGAUGGCGCACUAUUUUACUCCCUCGUAGACUUCGAGAUUGCUCGAGAGACAGAUGCGGGCCACGCACGAUAUGCCGAAUACAUGACCACCAAGGCAGUCUCUCACCUGAACGAUGCUUUACAGCAUUUUCAGUCGGUUCUGGGCCGCUGUUCAGUCGACCAUCCUGACCACGCUGCAGCUCUCACCAACCUCGCGUGUGCCCGCCUUCAAGGCUACAUUCAAGACGAUCUGCAAGACAUUGAUACCACCACUUCCCUCUUCCGCGAUGCCCUGGCAUUGCGUCCGCAGGUCCAUCCCAACCACACAUUAUCUCUCUAUAAUCUCAUUACAGCAUUGAACUGGCGCCACAGCAAGGAGCGCACCGCCGUGUUCAUUCACGAAUCCCUGCAGCUGUGCUGCAAGCUACUGCCCCUCUGUCCAGAGGGCACCUACCUUCGUAGCAUCGGCGUAGACAGUGCAGUGAAUUGUAUGAUUGGCGAAUGCAACAAUCUUCCGAUCGAUGCAUCUAACGAAGGCAUCCACCUUCGACGAGUCGUGCUCGAGCUCUGCCCUCUGGCCCACAACUACCGUCCCAAAGCCCUCGACAAGCUUGCACACGCACUCUCAACACGAUUCACACAACAGGGCGGCAUUGAUGAUAUAGAUGAGUGCAUACAACUUGGUCGUGAAGCCGUUUCUCUGUGCCCCGAAGGGCAUUCUUACCGUGGUACCUACCUGAAUAACUUGGCCUCCUCACUCCAAUCCCGCUUUGAACACCAAGGCAAAUCUCACGACCUCGACGAGGUCAUCUCCAUGCACGAAGAAGCGCUGCGCAUGAGGCCUGUUGGGCACAGAAUGCGUGAUUUCUCAUUGGACAACCUAGGGGUCGCCCUCUACACCCGUUUCAACAAACACAGUGACGUUGAUGACAUCAAUCGAGCUGUCAGCCUCUAUCGCGAGGCACUGACGUUGCACCCACCUGGGCAUCCACGUCGUGACACCACGCUUCACAACAUUGCCGUCGCGCUCAAAGAGAGAUAUGACAAAUUGCAUGUCAUCGAGGAUCUCAACGAGGCCAUUGAUCUGUAUCGCGAAUCUCUUCGGUUAACGCAGCUUGAUAAUCCAGUGCGCCAUAGAAAUCUUUACAAUUUGAGCUCGGCGCUCUGCUCUCGUUUCACGCGAACUCCAAAGGAUGUCGAUGUCGAGGAGGCUAUUCGACUCUGCCAAGAGUCGUUGGUGGUUUUGCCACAACUCCACCCAGACAGAUUUUUCAGCUACGCUUGGUUGCAGCAAGCUUAUGAGUCUCGUUACCAGAUGCGGCACAACUCUGCUGAUUUGUCGCUCGCAGUGGAGAACUACAGACUCGCGUCACGACACCCUACUCAAGGAUUCCCACAACGCAUUAUUCAGGCAUAUGAUUGGACUAUCAAAGCGGAGCAGCAUGGUGAUGGAUCCGCACUGGAGGCUUACUCAACAUUUUUCGAGCUUCUCGAUGCUCAUUUGGUAACACGAUCAUCAACCACCUCGCGCCGCGAAGCUGCCGCUGCCUUCCACUGUGCCAGAUCACUACCUGUAGAUGCAGCAUCGUGUGCCAUCCGCAGUGACAAUCUCCGACGUGCAGUCGAACUUGCGGAGCAGGGCCGUGGCCAACAGUGGUCAUUGGCCUCCCGACUCAAGACUCCAGUUGAAGACCUCGAAUCGGGACAUCCACAUCUGGCCCGCAAAUUUUUGGACCUGAGCAAGCGCGUUUCCAACGCCGCUCAGGGUUCUGCAGUCAUCACUGACAGAGCCGCUGCUGAUCAAGCAGCAACAGAGUAUAGGAGACUUACUGCGCAAUGGGAUGCUGCUGUAGCUGAAAUCCGUAAUCUCCGAGCUUUCUCGCGGUUCCUACUUCCACCUUCGUACGAAGACUUGCAAGUUGCAGCUCGCAAUGGCCCAGUCAUCAUCCUCGUUGCCAGCCAAUACUCGUGCAGCGCCAUCAUUGUCCCAACGUCAGGAGAGCCCCAUAAUGUUGCCUUGCCAUCUAUCACUCUCAAAGAUCUCGAGGAUCUCAAGGAUCGGUUCGCUAGGGCAAUACCGCAAGCAUCAAAGAUGGGCCUAAAGCAGCCACGCAAUGAUCUGAUUGUCCUCUUACGGGCGGUGUGGGACAAUAUCAUGCUACCCGUCGUCAAUGUACUCGAGCAUGUCCUCGAAUUAAAGCGCCAGUCUCGAAUCUGGCUGUGUCCAACUGCGGCCUUCACAUCCAUUCCUCUUCAUGCAGCUCACCCGUUUCGAACGAAGGCAGAUCGCUCUGGGAAGGAGUCGUGCCUGGAGGAUCUUUACAUCUGUUCUUACACGCCAACACUUUCGGCGCUGAUCAGAUCUAGGCAGAUGAUGAAGAAACGUCGUGUGCCUCCAUCAUUUGUGGCGAUCGGACAGGGUCAACCGCGUGCAGGCGAAGGCAAGGCACUCUUAGCUGUCGACAGUGAGAUCGAGCUUGUCAGUAAGCUCGUCCCUGUGACAGCCAACCGUUCCACUCUUUCUGGCGACGCGGCCACACGAGCAGGCGCCCUUGAAGCCCUGGAACAGAACACCUGGGUGCAUCUUGCUUGUCACGGCAAGCAGGACCAUGACCAGCCUUACGAUUCCCAUUUCGUCAUGAAAGACGCACCUCUCACGCUGCUCGACAUCAUGGACAAAGACAUUCCGCAUGCUGAAUUCGCAUUCUUAUCAGCAUGUCAUACCGCCGUCGGUGAUAAGGAGACGCCCGACGAAGUCAUCCAUCUCGCAGCGGGACUCCAGUUUUCAGGGUUCAAAAGCGUCGUUGGCACACUAUGGGAGGUCGAUGACGCUGUCGCAAAUCACGUUGUCAAAGCUUUUUAUGAGAAUAUGGUCAAGAAGUUGGGGGAUGGGGAGUUCAUGGACUGUACGAAGGCGGCUUGGGCACUGAACCGUGCUACCAACUCCGUGAAGUCGGAAGUACCGCUCGAGCAGAGGAUGGUUUUCAUUCAUAUCGGUGUGUAGUUCCUGCUGUAUUACUUUACUUUCAUCCUGUACGGUUUCACGGGUUCUUUAAAUUGCAUUCUUUUUGUCUACGUUGUACCCCAAGUUGUAGGAAUCACUGAACUACCCUGUUACAUCCAUCACGUACUCUUGUGCUGUCUUGUUUUCGCAUUCGCUUUUGCAUUGUUGUUUUCCGCCUACAGUCUUCAGCAAAGUCAUUUGUUACUCGAUGAUAUUGUGUGCAACGUCGUCUCCUGGUACUACUACUACCUCAUCAAUUCAUGCUCUGACGGCACCUC